AGCUCUGAAGCAGCUGUGAAGUUUUUAGCAUGCAGUACAGUGGGCGAUAUUUUAUAAUUUUAUCUGCCUCAUUUCACCACAAGAACAGAACAGACCUGUGAGACUAUCUCAGGCUAAUUGCUGCUUGAAGAUUCCAAGCUAUCAAGAAAAUGGCUUCAAUCUCAGUUCAUCCAUCAGUGCUCAGCAACCUUGACAAGUCAAAGAGGAUAACUCAAGCAUCAAUGAAGGAUACGUGGACAGUCGUGGAUGGAAAUUCAUCAGAAACUGUAGUGGAUGAUAUGUCUAUCUCUCUCCAUACAAAGCAUGGAAGCCAUAAGCAACAAAGUAUUCAAGAAUGGCUCAAUACUAGCUGCGUGUUACAUGCAAAUGAGCAGAGGCCUCAAAGCCCACAGAGAAUAGGUGUGAUGAGCAGGAUGAACAGUGCGGAAGAUGACUUGAUGCUGGGUGUCGAAGCUAAUUUAUAUCCAAGUGGAAUGCAGAACAUUUCUGUACAGGAAUAUGUGAGGUCCUUGCACACCUGCUCUGAAAAGCGUACACUGUCGAGGUGGAACAGUAUGGCUUCAGAAAAUUCAGGGACCAGUGGAAUCAUGAGUGUUACUGAAUUACUGGAUCUCUGGAAAGAUGACCCUGAGGAACUCCUCCUCGAUCUUGGUUUUGGUAAAGAAGAGACUGAAAUCUCAACAAAAAUCCCUGCUCGCUUCUUCAAUACCUCUUCUGUGGCAUGUGGAAUAAAUUUGGCAGUGUUUCUGGAUGCGCAGCAGCUGCGGAUGGAAAUGGAAAACCCUGAUCUGUACAGUCGUUUCCGGCAACUUGAAACCCUACAACAAGUAAAUAAUGCAUUCUCCUCCUUGUUAAUGGAGACAAGCAACCAAAGUCCAUCGCCCAAGGAGGAACAGAAGCUGGAUGCAAAGACAAAAUGCAGGAAAUUGCUGAGGAAAAUGUCCCAGAGCGGGAAUCAAUCUCAAGGUUUCACAGGGAGUGAUGAGAAACCUUCGGCAAGGGAUAGACAGGCUGCUUUCCAAUGUGCUCACCAGUCUAUACCUGAAGACAGUGUUUUGGCACCACUGACAAUAGGACAGAAUGAGACUGAGAACAAGGCUUCUGAUCUGCCUCUUAAAGCGAAGGAGGGCCAUGAUUAUCCCGUGCAUGAAAUGGCCACCAAAGGCAGAGACAGAAGAUGCCGACUCACUAUGUACCAGACCAAGAAAUGGAAAUUCUGCACAACUGAUCAGUCACCAGAUUCCUUUGAAAUGGAGGAGGUCCAGAGCUUUGAAGAAGAUAGUUCCCCAAAAAUGGCUGCCAACAAAGUAUAUCUAAAUGUGAAAAGAGAAAAUAGUUGUCAGUCAGACAGCAGUGGGUUUCUGGAGGAGCCGUUCGUCCCAUUACAGAUUCAAUGUACACUGCGGGAUGUUAGUGAGGACAGCAUGAGCAGUCAAGACACAUUCCAAGAAAACAGGCAGUGGUCAUCCCAGUGCUCAAAUGCUGAACAAGCAACAAGCUACUUUCCCAAUCCAACUUGCGUCCCUGGUUCUGUCGACAGUGAUCGGACACAGUGUGCAGAAGUGCGCAUCACUUCAUGUGCUUUACAAGAAGAGAAGACAUUUACAGUGGAAAACCUCAACAGCCAUUCUCCCACUUUCCCUAAUCAGCAAAGGAUGGGAUCUCCAUGUGUUGUAAAAAGCAUUGAGGACAUGAGUGACUUAAGUGGUGGCAGCAACUGUUCACGUACAACUACUCUUGAGAACACAAACCACUGUCCAGCUCUUAAUACCAAUACUUGGCUGAGUGAUGAGAUCCAGGUUCAAAACAACGCUGGAGGCUGUCAGGGUGAUAAUUCUGAGGAGAAUAGUACAACAAUUGUGAGCAACUUGAAUACAAAUCGAGAGAACUCUAACCUUGGUCCAGAACAUUUUGCUGGUACAAGCAAAUUAGUAACCUUGCAAAUUCCGCAAGACAAAUUGCAACAAAGAAACAGCAUUGAAUUUCAUCCUUUAGAACCACUUUCAUUUCAGCCAAACAAACAUGUUUUCCAGCAUGAGAACAUGCUGAGAGAAAACAGAAUCAAAUCAAGAGAUGCUGUCGUGCAGACUGAUGAAAACACUGGGGAGCGUACGACUGAGAGGAAUCAACAUGGCCAAGUGGACAGCCCCAAUUUAGUUUCAAUGCGAUUUCAGUUUGAUGGACUGCUCACAAAAUCAGUGUCAUUAGAUACUGGGCUGCAUGAUGUUGAAAAGAUUGUUCAGGAGCCAAUUUCAAUCUCUCCAGUCUACUGCCACCACUGUUGCUGUCUUCACCGUCACUGUUCAGCAACAUGCUUCAGGAGAACGCACACAAAAUGUCAGUCAAAGACUCCUCUAUCACUCACUGAGACACAGCUGAUCAAAACUUUGCAGCAAUUGCAACAAGCAACAAGAAUCAUCUCUACGUCCCCGAAUGCCAUACGGGAAAUUGAGACCAUGAGGAAAUCUCUGCAGGGUUUUCGGAACAAGUUGGUGGAACUAGAACAGGACAUCAUUGAACAGCAGGCCUCUGUCUACAAUAUUCUAACUGAUGAUGAGAGAGAGGAUAUGAAACGACUACAAAUACUACGUCGAGCAGUACGUCAAGAAAUUACAGAGAUGGAGGUACAACUGGAGGACUGGGCUCGGCAACUUGGAGAUGGGAUGAGAAUGCAGUUGCAGAGGCUGGUGGAGGAACAGUUUUCCUACUGCUCAUGCGCAGAGGUGCUGAGGCAAACAGGGAGUGCAACAUCAGAGACUUGGCCCUUGCUCUCAUCCCGCUGUACAAUACCAACACCAGCAUCAGCAAUCGGUUCACAGGAGCCUGACUGCAACGCAGGAAGAAUUCUCCCAGUGCCUUUGGAUUCAGCACUUAGCCCAACUGAUUCAGUAUCAACUAAAACAGAAUUCAACUUCAGAAUUAACAAAGAUGCAGAGUUACAAGCGGAAAAACAAACCCAUCAGUCAGAAAUGAUGGACUUUAGAAGGAUUCUGAAAAGUAUUAAACAAUCAUUUAAACACCUCCGAUCGCCAAGACCUGAACCAACUAAAAGUAAUAAACACUCAAGAACCUCCACAUGAUUCAUGCACAAAGCCAGACAGCUUCUGCUAUGUGAACAAAUUCAUUAUCACGAGAAAUCUGCAGAAGAUCUCACACGGGACAAAAAUAGUCUGAUUACUGUGCCAUGCUUCCUGGGUUGACUGCAUUUCUCCUUAUAUUGUAAACUUCUGUGAACUCUCUAUUAUCUUGGUUUAAAUAUUGCCAACUGUUAUUCACAUUAUCAUGCUGACCAUUAAUAACUACUAUUCAGCAAAAUUGUAUGAAAUGAUUAAACCAA